AUGAAAAGCAAAAAAGAAAUUGGUUUAGGGGAAAAAGAACGAACGGUGCAGAUAAAACAAAAGCAUAAGAGCUCCAAUAAAAGAUCUUCCAAAGCUCUCGAAUCUCAAACAAUCCAAAUCCAAUCACAAAUUCAAAACAAUCUCUCUUCUCCAGCGUCCGAUCUCUGCAUAAAAUCAACCCAAUCAGAUCUCUCGCCUUCUUCGCGCGCCAAAUACAAAUCUCCUACCUCCCUCCAAUUUUGUCUCUCUUCAGGGUUUUCAUCGGCUGUCAUGGCGGAUGGUCCGGGGAGUCCCGCCGGUGGGAGUCACGAAAGCGGCGGUGAACAGAGUCCUCAGUCGAACUCGAACAUCAGGGAGCAGGACAGGUUCCUCCCGAUCGCUAACAUAAGCCGGAUUAUGAAAAAGGCAUUGCCUGCUAACGGGAAGAUAGCUAAAGACGCUAAAGACACUGUUCAGGAAUGCGUUUCUGAGUUCAUCAGUUUCGUUACUAGCGAGGCCAGUGAUAAGUGUCAAAAAGAGAAGAGGAAGACGAUUAAUGGUGAUGAUUUACUCUGGGCAAUGGCUACACUAGGUUUUGAAGAUUACAUUGAUCCCCUCAAGGCUUAUCUGUCUAGAUACAGAGAGGUAAAACAUUCUAUAAUUGUCAUGUAGUUAAAGAUUACCUUCAUGUUCUUACAAUCAUUCCAAUCGAAGUUGAACGCUCAUAUAAUUUCAGCUCGCCUUUCGUCCUUAAAAUUGUACUAAGAACAAGAACGAGGCUAUGUUAGAUCUUUCUCAUUACAAUAUAGUGUUUACACUUUACAUUGCUCAUUUAGGGUGUAUUAUUGUCAAACACAUUGUUAAAUUCAUACGACAUCGUAUUUAUUUACAUCAACAACCGAGCCGUUACACUUUAAAUAUUGUCCCCGAUAAUCUUUCCAAAAGAGUUAAUUGUCAUAAAUUAUGUGAUUUGAGGCAUCUAAAAUCAAAAUUUCAAUGAAUAUAUUCAAUCAUUAAAAACUUCGAUCGAGAAGAUGUUGUUCAUAUUCUUAGUUGAUUUUCUGACAUGAUUUUUUCUCUUUUCUCUUGGAUGCUUACGUGGAAUACUUAUCUAUAUGCAGUUAGAGGGUGAUACAAAGGGUUCUGCAAGGGGUGAUGGAUCAAGCAAGAAAGAUACAGUUGGGACUCAGCUUGUUCCAAAUUCACAGUACUCUCAUCAAGGAUCCUUUUCUCAAGGAAUGAAUUUUUUGAAUUCACAUGUUUGAACUUUCAAGUUCACUUGUGUAUUUGGAACAAAUGUGGGACUUUGAAGAUUCUUGUUUACUGAUUCAAUAGUUUGCUAGUAAGUGGUCAGUAAACAGAGAUUAUUAUUAUAUAGGCUUUUAUAUUAGUCUUAUAUAUAUAUUUUAAAAAAUGUAUUGUUCAUCCCCUGUUGUUUUUAUUGGGAUGAGAUUUAGUGCUAUUAUGUUGAAGUUUGUAAGCUGUGUAUGUUGAUUGAUGUAUUAACUGUUUAUUGAUGUUGAAUUAUGUAUGCUUUUCUUUUUUUAAACAUGUAAAUGAUUGUUUUCCUAGAAACAACUCACUUAGAAGUCUUAUAAAUAUUAAAAGUAGUUGGGUC